UUUAGGGGACUGAGCUUGUAGGACUUCCCGUUUCCAUCUUGUAACUUCCUAUUUCACUUCAGCUGUUGUGGAGCUUUCCAAAUGAAGAAGUACUGAAAGAACAAAGACCUCCUAAUAUGACACCUCCUGGGAGGGAGAGUUAGAAAAUCAUUGCUUUAGUCGUGCUUUCAUUUGUAACCUGUUCCCCAAACCAAAUGCAAAUCCCAUUCCACCAGUUGCACCGUAAGCUUUGAAAAGGACUCUUCAGAAUACAGAUGACAUCAGAGGUCACCUAUGCUGAAGUGAGGUUCAAGAACGGGCCUUCAUCUGCUGAACCCAAAGCAUCUUCAGGAAGCGAAACACCACUUAGUAGAUUCCAGAAAUGCAAGCCCUGGUUUCCGUGGGUGGUGUCAGGGUUUUUGAUGUUGCUCUCCAUCAUACUUCUUGUUGUCAUCAUUGUUAUUCUCAAAGGAAGUCCAAAGAAGGGAUUCCUCAAAAGCCAGUUUCAGAAAUCAACACAAUGGAAUUGCCUCCUGGAGAGUCCUGAAGGAAAAGAACCACGGCUGUCGUGUUGCAUGGGGGACCUAGAGCAAUUUGGAUCCAGCUGCUACUAUUUCUCCAAAGACAGAAGUACCUGGAACAAGAGCAGGGCCGAAUGCAGGAAGAAAGGCUUGGACUUGGUGAUUAUAAAUUCAGAAGCUGAGCAGGUUUUCCUUACAAACCAUACCCAGAACAGUCAAGUGGAAAAAUUUUGUAUCGGUCUCACAAAUCAGAUGGGAACGAAUCAAUGGCGUUGGGUGGAUCAGACCCCUCUUGACCCCAUGCUAAUGUUCUGGAGAAGCAAGGAACCUAGUAAUGAUGAUGAAAACUGUGUUGUCAUGCAUAUAGGAAAAGGCAGCAAGAUGAAGAAUAACUGGAAUGAUGUCCAGUGUUUAGUGGACGAGCAUCAUUAUGUUUGUGAAACAAAUACAGAAUUUUUUUCAAUUUAAAAGGUGUUCUAGAGCCAAAAGAACACUCCAAACUAUUAAUCAUGGGCCCCCUGACUGGACAGGCUGAAUCCAUUCUGAGCAUGGGCUCCACAUGAGAAAGGUGUGCAUUCUCAUUCCACAACUGUGCUCCAAAAGAAAUGUAAUGUGUAGAAAUUUUCAAAUGACAGGGAGAAUCCAAAAUUCAGUAGAAAGUGGUUAAUAUGUAGCCGCAGCAUGUAGGCUCCAGCCCUGACCACGCCUUCGCAGAAGUAAGUUCCAUUGAAUUCAAUGAGAUUUACCCCUAGGUAAAUUGGAUUUGGAUUACAGAGUAGGAGUCAUUCCUGUAGCAGAAUUCAUUCUCAAUGCGUGAGGUUCUCAAAGUGUUCUCUCUGGCACCAUGCCAGAUAUCAAGGUGUAUUAUGUGUUGAGAUAUUUCAGCAGGAGCAGCAAGGUUUUCAGCAAGGUUUAAAAGUCCACUUUUGUAUAUAGUGUUGCACACCAUCCCCAAUCUUUGAGCGGUGCAAGUUUCUGGGUUUGUGCUUCCUUUGGAAAUGAGGCACAGCAGAGACUGCGGUGUCUUUAGGAUCUAUGGUUUAUUUACACAUAUAUACAACCUGAGCCUCCAAUGGAGGGGCUCCCAGCUUUGCACUCCAAGAGGGCCCUGCUUCUCUCAUAGAUGCAGUCCUGGCUUCAAACAGACAUGACCACCCUGCCUGUUGCCCUGAAACUUAUCUUGCUCCCCCACCCUCACAACUCCUGACUCCUAGGCAGCCGCCUAGCUUGUUUCCCCGUGGCAUCGCUGCUAACCGACUGAAAAACCUUUCCCCCCUUCAAUCCUGAAACACUACCCCUUCUGCCCUUUUCUCUGCUAACUAAGAAACUAACACAGAGCUCAGGGCCUGUAUUUUGGCACUGCUAAGCUCAAUACCCGGCAGCCCAUCUUAAUGCUCCAAGCAUUGAUUAAACUCCAACACCUACUAGGCCCAGGAAUUCAGGGGAGUCAAGGUGCCCACAAACUCAUAAUAUUAAAGAUAUUGAGCCUAUGAUGGAGGGGCUCACAGCAUUAGCACCCCAAGAGGGUCUUGCUUCUCCCAGAGCUGCAGCCUUGGAUUCCAGCAUAAAUCAGGCCUGGCUCUACCCAGCCUGCCAACUUCUGCCAGCUAGCUCGCCUAACUCCACUCUCAACUCUGACCUUCGUCUUCUAACUACUGGUGAAUGAAUGAAUGAAACUUUAUUUGCGUUAGCCAUUGGCCAUAGCAAUAAAAAAGCAUUACGAUGUACACAAAACACAAUAAAAGUCGAUUAAAAUGAAACACAGCUUAGGGUCCUGAAUCAUCAGUCAAACAGUGGAUCUUAUUCUGAUUGCCCCAGCUGAAAACCUUGCAACCUUUGCUGUCAUCUGCUCCUCUUGAUCUGCCAAGAGAGAAGACACUGUGGCAGUGGUUGGACGACCCGGAAUGGACAAUAAAAGAGGGGUGAGUUGAGGGAGUUGACUGGCCAUCUGCUAUCGAACACAAAGGUCAUGACCUCAGCAGGAAGCUAGCUUGGCCAUGCCACAUUGUUCCCUGAUACAGUAGAAGUACUGUACCAGAGAAGCGGACACGGAGCAAUGGAUUCAAACUUCAAGAAAGAAGAUUCCACCUAAACAUUAGGAAGAACUUCCUGACAGUAAGAGCUGUUUGGCAGUGGAAUUUGCUACCAAAGAGUGUGGUGGAGUCUCCUUCUUUGGAGGUCUUUAAGCAGAGGUUUGACAGGCAUAUGUCAAGAAUGCUUUGAUGGUGUUUCCUGCUUGGCAGGGGGUUGGACUGGAUGGCCCUUGUGGUCUCUUCCAACUCUAUGAUUCUAGUAUGUUUGCUAGCUGCCAGAUUAUGAGUUUAUGUAGACACAAUGCAGAAAACACAGUAUAAAAAACACCCAUAAAAGGAGAUGGAGACAGCCAGGUGACUACAUAAUCAUUUCCACUUUUAUUAUGUAUCGUAGCUAUACUAUAGGACCCAUAACAGGAAAGAGGCACUAAUCAUAAAAAAGCAUUAGGCAAAUCACCAAACCCAAAUCAGCAGCAAGCAAUUUUAAGCGGAAUUCAUCUUGCAGUUGAUUCAAUUUAAUUGUGUCUUUCAGAUUCAUUCAUUCAGAUCCAAGCACUUCUGGGGGUUCCGGUUUCCGCCUGCAGGAAUGGCGGACCUGUUUUCCAUCCCUCUGACCUUCGUAAGGAAUUUGGCGGUUGCUAGGGGAGUAAAUGGCAACCCCCUACCCUCUCCGGGGGUUAUGGAGAGGGGCCGCUGGCCCGCGAUGCCCCCAGACCCACUCCGACUGUUUAUGGAGUGGGGGGAGCUUGGGCUGAAGCACUUACGAGGGCCAGGACUCCCGGACGCUAAUCUGCAUGGCGGGGAUUUCCAUGAUUAAAGAAGAUAAUUAGGCUUAAAUCUAUGGACAUACUUCAGAAGGAGGGGCAGAAGCGCUGUUUACUGCCGAGAAAUCUAUGCUGCUGAGGGUGAGGAGUUAAAGGCUGUAUUUCAUCUGGAAGAAGGAUUGAUGGGGACGGAGCGAUAAGGGAAGCGAGUCUUUCUUUUUUAUUUUUUUCAUAUGAGUUACUUCGUACCUUCCCAGACGUGAUGUCCUGGCUUGUUUGGAGUGAAAGAGAAGCAAAAGACUGUGUGAGUUGAACUUUAUAAACUGUUGUUAUUGAGUAUAUUUUUUGAAGAUGAGGAGUUGCUGACGAGAAAAGCCCCCCUCUAGUUGGAUGGGAGGAGUGCCUGGACGCGUUCGGAGGAUUUAUGAGUUGUGACGCACUUUGAAUUGGAGCAGCGACCUGAAGCUAAGUUCAGCUAUAGGGCAAGGAGAUCCAUUAAUUUACCAAGAGUCUAUGCAUGGUGUGAGGUCUGGUUCUUCUGCCUGGAAAAGCUGUAAAUUUUAUAAAGAUCGUUAAUCUAUGAGAGAAAACGAAAGUGAUUUGAGUUUUUUUAAGAUGGCGCUGCUUCGUGUUGAGAGUCGACGCAAUAGGGACGCUCCAGACCAAGAAGAUUUAUGGGGAGGCUGGACUGAUUAACUCACACAGGAGAAAAAACAUUUGUGAAACUUUGUUUGACAUUUAUCUCAGCAGCUGGGAAAUAAUCGGUUGAAAGAGGGAAAGAUCUGGAUUAUUAUGAAUUCGGAGAGACGAUUUGAACUUUAGAAAAAAGACGGCAGUGGACGGUUGCGAGGAAUCCCCAAUUUCUUGAAGCAUGGGAACCCAAAAAAAAUUUCUAGAUGAUUUGGCAUAACAUUCGGUUUGAUUGAUAUAUAUGUGUAUAAUUUGAAAUAAUGAAUGUGAUAUAAUUGGUUUUAAUUGGAAAAUUAAUAAAAAUAUAUUUUAAAAAAAAA